AUGGUCUUCCCCUUCUUUGAGCUCCCCCGAGAGAUCAGGGACGCCAUCUAUGCACGAACGAUCACAGACUACAAAGAAAUCUCGAUACCUCAAACCGACGACGAUACGAGGACCUACACCUUCGAUGCGCCGUUGCCGGCUCUGCUUCGCUGUAACAGAAAGCUGAAGAAAGAAUACGACGAGUCGCUCCCACAGAAGAGAAGGCUGCUCGUACGAGGUGCCGACAGUGACAACUGGCCUGGCUACCCAGACAUCAACCAACACCUUGCUCGCACGAUUGACGAGUGCACGGUGUUCAUACACAACGGCUGUCUCUGUGACAGCCUGACAGAGGACGAGCGCGCCGAACAAGACCUCCCCCCUUGGCCGUGCGACGGAGUGGACUUUCUGGCGACAUACAAAGAGGCUUUGGCCAACUUUGUACCACAGUUCCGGCGCGUCCGCAAAGUGCAUCUGCGCAUUGGGAUCUAUGGUUCUGACGAAGUCAAGCAUGACGUACAGGACCUCCAUGGCCUCGCGCCUCGGUUGGGGCACUCUGCCGCAUUCGCAAUUCUGUGGGUCGUCUGGUUCUGGUACACAGAACUAUCACGGAUAUCGAACUGCGUCGAUGCCGAAGCGUCGAGGAAUACAACACGUACUGUAUUCACUGUCUUCACGCGCAUGAUGGCAAGGCUGUCGAGGAAAUGGCCGACAUAUAUGCGACCUGGAAGCAGUCCGAAGGCUGGCAAGCUGGACCUGCUUUGA